AGGCAGCGUGCGAUGGAGAACAGAGACCCGGCUCCCGCUGUCCCCCAGUGCGUUCCGCUGCUAUCCCGAAGCUGAGCCGGGAGGCUCCGGCCCGGUGCGCCCUACCGUGGCCCCGCCACUAUGGCCGGCGUCUGGGCGCCGGACCACUCCGCCGAAGCGCACAGCAACCUGUCAAGUGCUGCGGACGGCUGCGGCUCCGUGUCCGUGGCCUUCCCCAUCACCAUGAUGGUCACUGGCUUCGUGGGCAACGCGCUGGCCAUGCUGCUCGUGUCGCGCAGCUACCGGCGCCGCGAGAGCAAGCGCAAGAAGUCUUUCCUACUGUGCAUUGGCUGGCUGGCGCUCACAGACUUAGUGGGGCAGCUCCUGACCAGCCCGGUGGUCAUCCUCGUGUACCUGUCGCAGCGAAGCUGGGAGCAGCUCGACCCAUCGGGGCGUCUGUGCACCUUCUUCGGGCUGGCCAUGACAGUGUUCGGGCUGUCCUCGCUCCUGGUGGCCAGCGCCAUGGCCGUGGAGCGCGCCCUGGCCAUCCGAGCGCCGCACUGGUAUGCCAGCCACAUGAAGACUCGCGCCACGCGCGCGGUACUGCUGGGCGUGUGGCUGUCUGUGCUCGCCUUCGCGCUGCUGCCAGUGCUGGGCGUGGGCCGCUACAGCGUGCAGUGGCCGGGCACGUGGUGCUUCAUCAGUACCGGGCCGGCGGGCAAUGAGACAGACGCUGCGCGCGAGCCGGGCAGCGUGGCCUUUGCCUCCGCCUUUGCCUGCCUGGGCUUGCUGGCUCUGGUGGUGACCUUUGCCUGCAACCUGGCGACCAUCAAAGCCCUGGUGUCCCGCUGCCGGGCCAAAGCUGCCACCUCGCAGUCGAGCGCCCAGUGGGGUCGGAUCACCACGGAGACCGCCAUCCAGCUCAUGGGGAUCAUGUGUGUGCUGUCCGUCUGCUGGUCGCCGCUAUUGAUAAUGAUGUUGAAAAUGAUCUUCAAUCAGAUGUCGGUUGAGCAAUGCAAGACACAGAUGGGAAAGGAGAAGGAGUGCAAUUCCUUCCUAAUUGCAGUUCGCCUGGCUUCGCUGAACCAGAUCUUGGAUCCCUGGGUUUAUCUGCUGCUACGAAAGAUCCUUCUUCGAAAGUUCUGCCAGGUAAAUUACAAGCAGAAGCUUUGGAAUUCAAAGGCUUAAAAGUUACCCCACAAACAUUGUGUUCCUUCAGGAGAAUCCCAGACACUGUCUUUAUUGUUUGGCACCCUCAUUUUGCAAGUUCAUUAAUAAUUAAAGUGAAGUUCUGAUUUGUACUUUAUUGCUUCCUAGUUUCUUCAAAGAUGAAGAUUUCUGCUUCCAACAUAAUGUAAUUUUCUUGUGAUUAGUACCAGUUUGGAUGAGGGUUGGUUGUAACUGUUACAUUGUAUCUGUUAGAUUAAUUAUGCUUACUGGCCUAGGACAAUUAAGAUAAUCAGUCUAAACUAUCAGGUCAAACUGAGUCAAAACUUAAAGGGUAAUGGAUGCAUUGUCAUCAUCCAGGAUGACUCUGUAAUCCAGAUGUGAGAAUAAAACAAGAAUAAACCUAUACUAACCCUGCUAUAAAAUUCUCCCUUUUAUUUGCUUUAUAGAGUAUAGGACAAAACUCUCCUCCCCCAAUACUUAAAUGAUCUUAUAAAAAAGAGGCUUUGCUUUGGGGUGCUCCAGAGUCUUCCUGUGAUGAGAUAGACACACAGCUGGGUUUGAGUGGUGAAGUGUAAUUUUGUUACUUCUUCCCACACCUACUACAGCAUCUGGAAUAUAGGACUUUCCAAUAAACAUUGUUCAAUGGAUGAGUGAAUAUGAUUCUGCCAACACUUCUGCUUUUGACAUAUUUGUUACAGCUCAUCCAACCUUUAAAGCAAAUGACUUUGUAUUUAGUUGAGUAAACAGAGAUCUGCCUUUAGAGGCAUUUGCUGUGUGGUUUUACAGCACAGUGUCCUUUGUGUCAACAAUCUAACGGAUAUAUGAGGGGUGUCACUAUGAAAAGAACAUCAGUUCUCAUCAAGGUUGAAACUUAUCCUAGGCCACAAAAAUCAGUUCCUGCCCACUGAUUCCCUGGUAGUAGUGAAUGAAUGGCUACUUUUGAACAACCUUGAAAAGGAGGCAGCAAGGGAAGAAAUUGUGAGUUUUGUUACCUAGGAAUGCAUUGGUCUCUCCAGGAAAACUUGAUGAGAAGUAGUAGUAGUAGUCCCCAAAGUCUCAGUGUUGGAUGGUGGGAGUUCAGUUGUGUGCCUCAGAGGUUCUCUGUAUAGGAAGUGUACUUCUUCAGACAGAAGGGGUAUCUUAUUUCUGAGUUCAAUUCACUGGUCUUUACUUUUUCCUAAUAAUAUUUCAUAUUGGCUAUUUAGAAUUUUCCUGUGAUGAACCCCAAGCACCCUCACUUUCCAGUCCUCCUGGGUCCAACCCCCAAAAAGAUGAAGAACAAAAAAAAAAUCUCCAAUUUGUGUUGCCCAUAUAUUCACUGGAGCAUGUUCAAACUCCUGGUAGCCAGCCCCUUAAAGAAAACCGAGUCCUUUCCCAUACACACUCCAUCAGAAGCCAUCAGUUAUGGAGAGCUACAUUUUAGCAUCCUUAUCACAAUUUUUAAGAAUUCUCUUUGAUGGCUUUCUAUCUAUGCUGUUACUUUUUGGGGAGAAAGUAGAGAAGGGAGACUUAGGAGUUGUCACAGAAUUCUUCCAUGUCUCUCUGAUUAUUUCUGCAGUCAUCAGUAUCAAGGCACUCCAAAUAAGCUCUCAAGGUCAAUUCAUUGGUCUUUAAGGUCAAUCCACAGAGCCGAUUUAUCCAUGCAUGUGCAUGCACAGGGAGAAUACUUACACAGGAUUAUAGCCCUUGCUUGAACUUGAAAGUAUUAAUUAGUGUCCCAGAAAAUGUGGAAAGACCAAGUGACUGAAAUGUAGGAACACAUGUAAAAUUAGCUAGUGUCUAUGUUUUCAAAUAAAUUUAGACUUCAUGUUAUAUCAUAAACAGAUAGACAAUAUGUUGCCAAAUACAAAGAUGUAACAUUUCAAAUAAAAUGAACUUAUUGACUAUCGUAAAAAUACUGUUUAGUUGGAGAAGCAAAAAACGUUUUAUGUUUACUUUAGAGCCAAGAAUGGUGGUACAUGCCACUAGUCCAAACUACAGAGGUAUAGACCAGAAGAUCAUCUCAAAUUGAGGCUACCCUAGCUUAAGGAUUUCCUGCCAGCCAGGCAACACAGAGACUGCAUCUCAGAAAAUAAUCACAACAAAACAGUGAGAUUUAUCAAAAUUUCCUAAUGCUGUAUAUCAAGACAUUUUAAAUAAAUACAUUUAAUCACAAUAGGCCUAAACUAUUCUGAAAUGAAAGGCAUACUUAUAUCUUCAAUAAUUCUUCUUUAUCUCAUAUAAGAUCUCCUGACAGAGUUACAGAAAAAUAAUAUGAGUUUAUCAUGAGACUUAAAACUUACAGGCAGGCCACAAGGUGGUGGCACCUUGGCAGCAUCCUGAUGCUUGAAGUCCAUAUGGAUUUGAAAUUUAUUGAUUAUUUAAUCAAUGGUUUUAUUGAUUGGAGGCCCCAAAUUGGUGACUGGCUUUCAGGUUUCCCCAGCAUAAAAAAUUAUGCAAUUAUUCAAUAGCUCCUUUGGGCUGAUAUAAAAUUAGAAAUAGAAAAUAGCUCUUAUAAAUUUAUUGUCAAGUGUGUGGCUAGUUAACUUCAAAAGCACGCUGAAAUCUGAUGUAGUGGGGAGAGUCAAGCCAACUGUGAAGCACUUGUUGCUGUAAAUACUGGAAUAGCUUAACUAGAAUAAUUAAAAUGUGUUUUAUCCACACAGUCAAAGACCGUGACAGAUUAUCACAGAACACUAUUUAAUGUUUGUUUUGUCACUUUUUAAAAAAAAUUAAAAUAUGUUAAAAUUGAAAAAGCUAAAUAGAUGUUUAAAAGUUGUACAUCUUUCAUUAAGACCAGAGAUGUGUUUUCUGUGUUGCAAUAAAAUGCUGACGAGAGUAAAGCUACAGCUGACAUUUUCACAGUAUUAUGUAUGAAAGUAUUACAAAAUUUAAAAGUCAACCCAAGGAAAUAGUUGGCAAUAGCAAAUGAAGGACAAACCAGAGAAUUAAGAAAACGUUUUACUUCGUAUAUCAUGCCUUAUGAUCCUUAAAGAUGGUGUCAUAGCCUGUGAACAUUUUAUUUUCACCAUUACUGUGGGAUCCCAUAAGCAGAGAACAUUCUCUACAAAGAGAGCUCCACCAGGUACAUCAAAACUGCUACCUGUCUGAGUUCCACUGAGACAAAGAAUAUUAUUUUCAGAGCUUCUCACUGGCCAGCUGUUCCAAAAACAUUGUGGAAACACUAUCCAAAACAUAAUGUUCCAAACAUUAAACAGCACAUGUGCUGGCUUCCCACACAUACCUUAGAAACUGAUUUACCCCACCACCUUCCUCACCCUGACUGCCUGUCCUCUCAGAGAAAGCAGAGAACCGAAAUAUUUGCUGUUGGCAAGGCUGGCGUUGUUUCUUUCUAGUCAGCUUCAAUGGAGCAAUUUUAUUAUGAGGUAAAGGAGGGGAGGAAAGAAAGAAAUCUUCUAGACAUGUUCCUUUUCAUGCUUUUUUGAGUGUUUUGGAGAGAAUUCCACAUCUAAAGUCCCCUUUUAAUUGUGAAGCUUUGGAUUCUCAUGUGACAUGCUUUAGAUUUAAAGUAAUGUUGAGCUUUCAAAGUAAGCAGGUCUUGGGACAGUGUGUAACCAGUCACCAAAAUUGAGCAGUCGAUUGAAAAUAGUUUCCUUGUCUAGUUUUCUGGUUCUGGAAAACACACACACACACACACAGUAUCAAUGUUUAUUGAGAAGCUACGGGAGAUUCAUGUAAUUCAAGAUUCUUCGUGUUUUAGAAGAGACAGCUAUGUGUGUAUGCAUUGCAUGAGGUGGAGAAUGUGGUGGGGGAAACUUGUCCACUGUAUCCUGAUAAAAUCCCUGGCCCUUUAAGGCGGGACUCAUAAGCAGAGGCAGGGAGGAGCUUCAUUUAACUGGAGAUACUGCUUACCAGGAAGACAAAGAGUGUGGCCCUGGGCUCAUUUUCAUAAAAGAAAUGGUAAAUGCAUUCCCUCAGAUAAUCAGAGAGAGAGAGAAAGAGACUUAAUCUAUUGUCACAUUAAUUACUGUAGGCUGCUCACAGCUAACAGAUAGGAACCCCCCUAUCUGGAUCUGGGGUGGGGUCCUGGCUGCACCUGCACUUUAAGCCCUACUAAAUUGCCAGAGCAGGAAGUCCUACACCUCUCCUCACUGCUUCAUCCCCACAAACUUGACCACGUAGGAAAGUGUGUUUUACCGCCUUGUGUAAAGCUUUAUGAGUAUUUCUUUGCAGUGUAUUUUAAUAUAACUACCAUGUGUUUUACAGGCUGAUACUUAAUAUUAUGUAGUCAAAGAAUGAAUGUAUAAGAUGUACAUCAGAAUUCUGACGGCAUCCAAGGACAGCUUGUCUGUGUAUUUAAUAAAUGUCUGUUAUUUAUGUUGUCUGUCAAUGAAAAAUAAAGUAAAUGAUAUGAAAUGUCCCUGUUUUUAUUUCCUGA